AAAAUUUAUACUCAUUGUAUUAAUGUCAGUUUCACAUAUACAGAUCUGACUCUGCCCAUGAUAUUGGCUGUUGUUCUGAUGUACAACACCUUUGAACUUUAGAGAAAAAUAUUUGCCGAAUAAUACUUAAUUAUUAGUCGAACACAUAUGGUGCCGGUGUGGUCUAUAUGAAAAGUAUAUAAGUACAAUCAUUAAAUUCAUGCAGGGGUUCGGUAAUCUAUGCCAAACUCAAUAUUUCAUUUGGAAUCUGAACACGGUGAUAAUUCUCACGGAGAGCUGAUCAAUUUUUCAGUAAAACGUAGUGUUUAGUUCUUUUAGGGUAUUUCGACUUGCUUUUUAGAAGUAGUUUUGUUUUUUACUGUGAAUAUUUAGUCUAAGAUAAUAAUAAUACUACAUAACAAUUUUUCAGCACCAACAGUUUAGUUACGUAACUUAGUUGCAUGAUAUUUUACCUUUGAUACUGAUUGUAAGAUUUUCGUCAUCGCUACCUAAAAAAAUGGGAUAUUUGUUUAGUUAAUUGGCUCAAUGUAAACAGUUUUCUAUGAUCUCAAUCAAGUCCACAUUUAGAAUGAAAGAAUACUAUUACAAAAUUCUAAUACAAUUAUUAGGUAAGUGUUCAGGGUGUUAUUUAUAUUCCGACGGUAAUCACUAGAUAGAUAAGGGAAUGUAUAAAUUAUAUCGUGGCUUUCAAAGCAAAAGCUGUUGAAAUUGUCUGCAACAUGCCUGUAUAUUUUAUUAACUCAGCUGUAUCGUCACAUAAUUCAAUACUGGUUUUGUUGAAUAUUCUGAGGUAUGUAUUCCACCAUUCAGUUAUCUAAUCAUAACGUGAAACCUGAAUCACUGUACUCUCCUUCUUCCAGCUUUUUGCCCAAAAAUUUAAAGCUAUUAGCCAAUGUUUUAUACCUAGAAGCCCCAGCCGGUGUAGGAUUCUCAUAUGCUGUGGAUAAUAAUAUAACUACAGAUGAUGAUUUUACAGCAUUAAACAACUACCAUGCUUUGUUGAAUUUCCUGAAAAGAUUUCCAGAGUAUUAUCAACGAGAUUUUUAUAUAACUGGAGAGAGUUAUGCUGGUGUGUAUGUACCUUUAUUAGCCUUACAUGUUAUUAAAUCAGCACCACUUAAUUUAAGAGGCAUUGCUAUUGGUAACCCUUUAACGAGUUAUAAAUUUAAUGAUAACUCCUUAUUAUACUUCAUCAAAUACCAUGGAUUAGUAUCUGAGAGAAUAUGGAAUGAUUUGCUUGGACACUGUUGUUACAAUCAAUAUUAUAGUCAUUGUAUGUUUACUGAAAUUUCAUCAGAUAAAUGUCAACAUCUAAUUGAUUAUAUUCUCAACAAUUCAACUUAUGGACUAAAUAUAUACAAUUUGUAUGAUUCCUGUGGUUAUAUCAAUAAUACUACACAACAAAAUACCGAAUACCUUUAUCCUUUUUCUAAAAUUAACCCAUCUUCCGGAUCAUUUAUUCACAGUGAUUUCGGUAAUCUUUUUAGAAGUAAUAAAUAUGUUCAAAAAAAGCGCGAAAAAUUAAUGCAGAUCCGAGAAAAAAAUGGAGUGAAAUUAGUCCUACCCUGUGAUGAUGACUUGAUUGUUAGUAAAUAUUUGAAUUAUCCGUAUGUACGUGAAGCAAUUCAUAUGAAGAAAGGUGUACCGAAAACCUGGGUAGAAUGCAGUGAUGAAGUUAUGGCAGCUUACAAACGGAAUUAUCAAGAUAUGAUUCCUCAGUACAAAAAGAUUCUUAAAUCACAGAUCCCAAUACUUAUUUACAAUGGCGAUGUCGAUAUGGCCUGUAACUUUAUAGGAGAUGAUUGGUUUGUUAGUAAUUUGAAUUUUAAACGUCAUGAUUCUUAUCAACGUUGGAUCUAUAAAUCAAAAAAUGGUAAACAGGAAAUCGGAGGAUUUUGGAAAUCAUUCAUUCAUAAAAAUGUGAAAUUGACUUUUGCAACAGUUAGAGGUGCAGGUCAUAUGGUGCCUAGGGAUAAACCAGCUGCUAUGUUUCAUUUAAUUCAAUCAUUUUUACAAAAACAAAGUCUGUAGACAACAUUGAUUUUGAUAAUAUACAGUUUUCACUUUUCAGAGAUUAUGUCAAACCAUCAAUCAUUUUUAUAACUUUCCCAAAUUAAUAAAACCAUGAUUCCUUCUAUUUUCUAUUAAUUAUCAAUGCUGAUAAAAUUGCUGCGAUAAAUAAGUGGACAACUGUUAUAUUUAUUUGUAUUGGUUAUUUAAAUAUUCACACGGGUGUUUGGGACUGCAGCUGAUCAUCAGGUGCAUCCAACUGACGAGCCUCAACUAGGACAAAACGCGCUUAAAGGACUCCACUGAUAGCCACCAUCCAUCUAUGAAUCUAAAAUUCCAAGGAAUGUUCACAUGCAUCAUCUGUGCAGCUGAUCAGACAUUCUGCUUCUACUAUCUAUUUCAAGAUUGUCUUAAUUUGAGGCUUGUGUUACUGCUGAUUGUUGUCCAUUGUUUUCCUUAAUAAAUGUAAUUGCAUUUUAUGCAUCUGUUUAGUCAUCAAUUCAUCUCUUUGUCCUCCUCUU